AUGUUUAUUCUCUGGUUCAACCCAAAGGCACUUUCACGAAGUUGGGAUGCCAGUGAGGGCGAGAGAGCGCCGUUCCUUCGAAAUGAGCCGGUGCGGUUAACGCCCGCCUGGGAAGGGUCAAACCUGCCCAAUGAUACGCUUAAUUUGAAAGGGAUCGCGAUGGAUUUGGUACCGCCGAAGGACAAAUGGAAUUUAAUAUACCUCACAUUAAUUCUCCACGGGCUGGGGACUUUGACGGCUUGGAAUAUGUUAAUAACAGCGAAAGACUACUUCGUGAGUUACAAGUUGGCAAAUGCUCCUUUAUAUGCAGAGAACCUAAUGCCUUAUAUGGGCUGGGCGGCACAAGUACCGAACCUAAUAUUCAGCUGGAUUAAUAUUUUUGUCGAAAUUGGCGGUGACCUGACCACUCGUAUCGUUUGGUCGCUCUGUCUGGAAGUCGUAAUGCUGGUCGUGACAGUGAUAUUUGCGAUGGUUGACAGCUCAGAAUGGCCCGUCAUUUUCUUCUGGGUAACGAUGGUCACUGUCUUCUUAUUAUGCGGUUCCAAUGCGAUAUUUCAAAACUCCGUAUACGGUGUGUCAGCUCGCUUGCCUCCUCAAUACACCGGAGCAGUAGUUCUAGGAUCGAAUAUCGCUGGCACUCUCGUGGUUUUCCUGAACUGGGCGAGUGACGAGUUUACCCAGAGCCACCGAACGUCAGCCAUCUAUUACUUUAUAUGUGGGAUAUUCGUGCUCCUGAUCUGUUUCGACACCUACUUCGCCUUACCGCUUAAUAGAUUUUACCGCUACCACGUGACAUUGCAAGAGCGAACCUUACAAGUGAACCCAACUCUAGCGACCAACAAUCCUCCAGUGAAACAAAAGACCCCCUACGGACUGAUCUUUAGACAGGGCUUCAUACAAUUCUACAAUGUAUUCCUCACAUUCUUCGUCACUCUCACUGUAUUUCCCACAAUUCAUUCAGAUAUCAAACCCAUGUCUACGGACUUCUUUGGAAAUCAGUUCACUCGUAUCACGUGUUUCUUGACGUUCAACGCUAUGGCCAUGAUUGGGAGUAUCACGGCUAGUCUCUGGCGAUAUCCAACUCCUCGAUGGCUCUCAGUAUUUACAACACUGCGUAUCCUAUUCAUCCCACUGUUCCUACUAUGCAACUACCAGCCACUUGGCAAACAACGGACGUUACCCGUGUUAAUUAACAAUGAUUGGGUCUACUGGGUUAUGGCUAUCGUCAUGGGAUGGAGCUCUGGCCAUGGAAGUUCUCUUGGAAUGAUGUAUGUUGGCGGAACCGUAGCGCCCGAGCACGCAGCUACCGCGGGCAUGUUAGGUGCCGCAAUGCUCGUAACGGGCAUCGUCUCUGGAAUCACCUUCUCGUGCUUCAGCCCCUCCUUUGUGUCACUGGGCGCCUGGUCCAGCAUGUAG